GUUAGGGCAAAAAUGUAAAAGACUCAAGUUGGGAGAGAGGAGUAGGAAAUAGUAGUAGUAGUUUAGUAGUAAUUGAUGAUAAGCUGCUUGAUUGAAACAGGUGGGGAAAUGUGUUUAUAAUGACAGUGAAAUAACUGUGUCCGAUGCAAUAGUGUCAAAAAUCAAUUUCGUCUUUUUCUUUCAUUUUUAUUCGAAGAUUAAAGGCACGGUGAGGAAAGAGAGAGAGAGGAGGAGAGAACGGACCUUAUCUCUCUUGCAAAAGGACAUUAACAAUAAAGGCAAAAACCAAGAAAGGAAAGAAGGAAAGAAUAGAAAGAGGAAAGUAUUCAUACCCAAAAUCGCCCACCUUCUUGCUCUCUGCUACUCAAUCAAUCGUCACUCGUCUCUCCAUUUUCAAACUACACACAACAGUAAAAGGGUUUCAAAAAGGUACUUUCAGCUAACUCUGGAGGUUGUUAAAGACGUUUUUAACAUUAAGCAGCAGCCUUUUGUGUGAGCUUUUGAUUUCCUAGAUUUAUGGGCGGUGUUAAUAAGCAGCUCCAGUGUUAUGGUGAGUUUGGGACUGCUUGUUGCGGCGGUGCCUGACCAAUUUUGAUUAUUUUAUUUGGGAGAUUUGAGCUGCCUACGUCACGAUGAAUCAUUCUGUUCCUGAUUUUGAUAUGGAUGAUGACUACUCUCUUCCUGCUUCAUCUGGUCUUACCAGAACUAAGAAGUCCGCAAUGGCGGAAGAGGAAAUCAUGGAACUACUGUGGCAAAAUGGUCAAGUGGUUAUGCAGAGUCAGAAUCAAAGAUCUGUUAAGAAAUCUCACAUCGGUAACGGCAGUGGAGGCGGUCGUGAUGCGGUUAUUCCCUCUGACCAAGGUGUCAGUAGAGAGAUCCGACAUGUAGAGGAAACUACUCCACAUCAUCUGUUUAUGCAGGAGGAUGAGAUGGCCUCAUGGCUUCACUACCCACUCGAUGACUCCUCCUUCGAACGUGAUCUCUACUCCGAUCUCCUAUAUCCCACGCCGACUUCUACCUUAACCACCGCCGCGCUGCCACGAGAUAGCCGUACGUCUACGUUGGAGAUCCGUCCACCUCCGCCACAACCAUCGCCAGCAGCGCCGAUUGGAACGGCUCCUCGGCCACCUAUACCUCCUUCUAGACGCUCCGUCACAGAAAAUUCAAAUCGGUUCCAGAACUUCGGACACUUCUCGCGAUUGCCUACAGCCAGGUUAGAACCUGGUCAGGCAAAUUUAAGCAAGUCACCGAGAGAUUCAACGGUCGUGGAUUCAAACGUAACUCCAAUUACAGGGCAGGAAUCUAGAGUUUCACACGUACCCGAUAAUGUGGUACCAGUUCCCGGCGGAAAUGUAGGAUGUAGUACUAUAAACGGCAGCACCGGAACUGCGACUACGUCAACGGCAAUUAGAGAACCGACAACAACAUGUGACAUUUCAAUGACGUCAUCUCCGGGUUGCUCAGGAAAUAGUGUAAGCGCCAGUGCCGAACCACCAGCACCAGCACCGUCGCAUAAGGCGGCGCCAACGGCAACGGCAACAGCAGCAGCAGCGGAUGAUCGGAAACGGAAAGGAAGAGAAACGGACGACGAAGGUCAGAAUGAGGAAGCUGAAUUUGAGUCUCCUGAUACAAAAAAGCAAGCACGCGGUUCAACAUCCACAAAGCGAUCUCGUGCUGCGGAGGUCCAUAAUCUUUCAGAAAGGAGACGUAGAGACAGAAUAAAUGAGAAGAUGAAGGCCCUGCAGGAACUCAUACCACGCUGUAACAAGACGGACAAAGCUUCAAUGCUUGAUGAGGCAAUUGAGUAUUUGAAAUCACUGCAAUUGCAAGUGCAGAUGAUGUCCAUGGGAUGUGGCAUGGUCCCGAUGAUGUAUCCUGGAAUGCAGCCGUACAUGCCGCCAAUGGGAAUGGGGAUGGGUAUGGAGAUUGGCAUGAACAGGCCAAUGGUGCCAUAUCCACCUCUAUUACCAGGUGCAGUGAUGCAGAAUGCAGCUGCAGCAGCACAAAUGGGUCCUAGAUUUCCUAUCCCUCCAUUUCAUUUGCCACCAGUUCCAGUUGCAGAUCCAUCCAGAAUGCAAGCCUCAAGUCAACCAGAUCCAAUGCUAAAUUCACUUGUUGCACAUAAUUCGAACCAGUCAAGACUUCCGAAUUUUAGUGAUCCAUAUCAGCAGUUUUUUAGUCUCCAGCAGGCGCAAGUUGCAUUAGCGCAGGCAAGCCCUUCCUAUUCUACUUGGUCCUUAACUCAUUUCAUAGCGACUAUGUCAAUGUAG